AGUGGGGCAGCCAUGGAGCUGCUGACUGGGACUGACCUGUGGCCUGUGGCCAUAUUCACAGUCAUCUUCAUAUUACUGGUGGACCUGUUGCACCGGCGCCAGCGCUGGACUUCUCGCUACCCACCGGGCCCUGUGCCAUGGCCUGUGCUGGGUAACCUGCUGCAGGUGGACCUGGAUAACAUGCCAUACAGCUUUUACAAGGUUGUGAAGAUGUUCCCAAUUGUCCUGCGCAUCCCAGGGUUGGCUGAUAAAAUCUUCCCUGGGCAAAAGACAUUUCUCACCAUGGUGGAUAAGCUGGUGACUGAGCACAAGAGGACCUGGGACCCUGACCAGCCACCUCGUGACCUGACUGAUGCCUUUAUGGCUGAGAUGGAGACGGCAAAGGGGAACCCUGAGAGUAGCUUCAAUGAAGCAAAUCUACGUCUGGUUGUCCUUGACCUGUUUGGUGGUGGGAUUGUGACCACUUCAGCUACUCUGACCUGGGCCCUGCUACUCAUGAUUCUGCAUCCAGAUGUGCAGCGCCGAGUGCAAGAGGAAAUCGACGAGGUCAUAGGGCAGGCACGGCGUCCAGAGAUGGCAGACCAGGCCCGCAUGCCCUACACCAAUGCUGUCAUUCAUGAGGUGCAGCGCUUUGCUGACAUCGCCCCAAUGACUUUGCCACACAGGACUUCUUGUGACAUUGAAGUGCAGGGCUUCCUUAUCCCUAAGGGGACAACCCUCAUCUGCAACCUGUCCUCCGUGCUGAAGGAUGAGACUGUCUGGGAGAAGCCCCUCCGCUUCUAUCCUGAACACUUCCUGGAUGCCCAGGGCCACUUUGUGAAGCCUGAGGCCUUCAUGCCAUUCUCAGCAGGCCGUCGAGCAUGUCUGGGUGAGCCCCUGGUCCGCAUGGAGCUCUUCCUCUUCUUCACCUGCCUCCUGCAGCGCUUUAGCUUCUCAGUACCGGAUGGACAGCCCCUUCCCAGUGAUUAUGGCAUCUACUCAAUGGUAGUUAGUCCAGCACCCUACCAGCUCUGUGCAGUGGUUCGCUAGAAGGGUCAGUGGUUCCAGUCUUCUCCCCAGUUUGGGCUUAUUGAUGUCCAAUAAACAAGUUCUGUGUCUGCAA